GCCAAUGCACGAAUGAUGGCCACAAUAACAAUAAUGUUUUUGUGCGCCUAGUCUGCCCUGUUUCACCCCUGCUCUUACGUCUCACGAAAGAAAAAAAUCAUAGAUAUUUAUGAUGCUGUGAACUGUGUCUUGAAGGAACUGACACUGAUCAGAGUAAACCUUUGCUAAAGGAAAGUCUGGUUACUGAUGACAAUGGCCUACAGUGAUGAGUAUCGCUCAAAGCUGCGGACACCGAAAAAGGAACUGAAGCAGGAACAGAUGCCUUGGGAGACAAAUAACAUGAGCUUCGAUCAGCUAGGCUUUGCCAAUUUCCCUCACUUAAUGUCCACUCCAAGCCCUCUCAAACGUGAGGCAGGGACUUCGGAUGACUUAUCGAGGUUCGAAAGUCCACACAAAUCUGGUUAUUUCCUCCGAACACCCAGUCCUCCCCAUAAAGUUUCUUCAAACUUUUUGGGUUCUCCAAAGAUGUGUAAGCCGGAGCUGCCGGGAACGCCAAGCCCUCACAGAGCAGGCUCGGCAACAGAUUUAUUUGGCAACCGCUCUCUCCUAGAUAACUUGCCUGUCCCAGACUGGGAUGAGAAUUUCUUGGAUAACUUUCAAGAAGACCUCCUUUUUGGAUUAGGUAAUGAGGAUAUCGAAGUCUUAAUGAAAAGCCCAGCCAAGAGCCCUGGUCGGGCCCAGAGGUUCCUUAGUCCCCUUAAAGGCUCUGCAGGGCUUAGCCCUCUGAAAGGUCCUCUUCUCACAUCAAGUCCUAAAGGUAUGAUGGAGAGUAGCCCAGGCGGUUUGAACAAAACGCCAGCAGUGUGUGGACGCCCUCUUACACGUCAGCGCAGAUUGUUCUUGCAGAGUCCUGAAAGGCAAGGUCCACCACAACAUUACCAGCCUUCCAAUGCCUCAGCCAGUGGCUGGUCUUCUACUGCUACUACAUCGUCUUUCUCACCAGUCGACACCUCCACAUCUUCCUUAUUCAGUAAUGAGAGUCAGGAGACAAGUGUGUCCAUACAAAACAUUUCCACUUAUCUCAAACGAUUUGAUGAGGAAGACCACGAGGAAGAGCUGCCAGUCAUGCCCCCAGCAGGCUGGGUGAACAAAGGAGCCCCUACUUUAAAGCCAUCCUCUCAUAGCAAGGGGAAGCAUUUAGCUAAGCACAAGUCGCAUUCUGCACACCCUCUGAAAGGAGGACAUAGGACUUCAGCUUCUCUGUUCCCAGCUUCAGCCUCUUCUAUUGGUUCUAAGAAAGCUCGUGUAGAGCCACAAUUCACCCUUCUGAAGCCACAAACAGAAAUUCUCAAUAAUCAGAUCUGUCUGCGCAUGACCCCCCGCACCCCACCGAAUAAGAUUAAAAUCUCCAGAGAUUUUUCGCAGAUUCAAACGUUACCUUCUAAAGAACAAUUGCGGAUAGUGCGUAACCGCUUUAGGGAAACCCUGAACAAAGCAGUGGAACAAGUCAUAGAAAAGGAGAAGGAGACACGCAAGGUUAAAGGUCAAAACAUGAAUGACCCUGAACUAAGAAAUGCUCUACAGAGAGUUCCCAUAGAACCACAGGUCCUUGUUCAAGCUACCACAAUUGCUGCUCCUAUCCAGGUGUAUGGGGCAGCAGAUGUGCCCAGAAAACAGCAAGGGAAAAAGAGAAAGCGUUAAGCUGUUUGUAGUAAUUUCACCUGCAUAUGACAUUGGUAAAUGUGGGAUGGCUCUCAUGUAUGUCAUACCUGAAUUUUUAUCCUCUUUCAUUUUCAUUUUAAGAAAAUGAACAAAACGUGACUUAAAAUUAACGCAAGACCUGACUGUUGUGAUGAUAUGGGUUCACAAAUGUUUACUGAAUGUCUUUUGAAUUCUGAGAAUAAGACAUGUCAUGUUUGUGAAGACUGUAGUUGUGGUUUGUUGUCUUUUUAAAAUUUGUUUCCCUCGUAACAUGACUAUCAGUUUUUGUAAGCUUUAAAGAUGUAACAUUUCUGAAUGCAGUAUAAAAAAGACCUUGCAUUGCCUGUGUAAUGUAUCUGUCCUGUAUAUGUGAGGUCAGUCAUGAAUUGUGUUGCCUCAACUUUUUUUAUUUCAAUUACUGGCCACAUGCUAUCUCUACCUAGUUUGUAUAGGCAGUGUGGUCAGAGUCCUGAGUGACCGUUGAGCUAGAUUGAUGGAUAGGACAAACUGGGCAGUCAGGUUGACACUGUUCCUCUACUCAUUUCCGUAUGUGUAACUGUUCAUUGGCUCUUCUCCUCUUUCAGACUUAAGUAAAUUAACAGAUGCUGAGUUACAUGACUUAUAAAGAUGUGUCUGCCUCUUCAGAUGGUACUACUGACAGUGAAGCUUCCUCAUUGUUUUGAAAAUGCAGCCUCUCUUUUCAAUCAGUAUGGUGUUAGCCGAUGUUAGACUUUUAGGUUUUGAAUAGUUUUUCACACUUGAGGUCAAGGUUUCAGAAAUCUGACUCCUCUUUUGCUCAAGGAUCAACCCCUCCUGACAUUUGACAUGUCUCUCUCUUUUCUUUCUUCUUUAUUAAAAAAAUAUAUUUUUGGUGUAACUCCGGAGUUCACAACUUAAGAAGUACGUGUGUAAGAGUCUGGUCUUUUAGUUAGUUUAGUAUGGGGUUUUACGGCGCUCGCAACUGUAUAAGGUCAUAUGAGCGUGCGGAGUCUGGUCUGACCGCAAUCUCAUUCUUUUGUACCAUCAUAGAACCACAUCUUUUCAGCCUGUCAUGAAGACCGCAGUACAUGUAGUAGGUUUGUAGUUUACAGGAAAAUUACUGGUAGGACUUUAUAGCUUUCACUUUAUGCUUACAGAGACUUCAAAAUGUAGGGGAGUUAUUCCAUAUCUUUUUCUUAAAUAUUUGUCAUGUGAUGUAUGGUAAUGAAUAAGGUGACUGUCUGAUAAAUGUCUGAUAAUUUGGCUGAAUCGUAUAUAAGAAAAGAUACUGAAUAUGAGUAACAUUUAUUUAUUUAAGAUGUGUGGGGAAAAUUGCAUGUGAUGCUUUUGUAUAUCUGAAAUGAGUGAAAGAUAAGUUUUUAAAAGAACAUGAUUUCAAGUUUGUGGGAAGAAUUGUUUAUACAUUUGUAGUGUAGUCUGCAGCAUGGGCAAAGUUCUAUAUGACAAAACAAAUAAAACAGACAUAGUCUUUAUAAUGUAAUGUUUAAUUAAUAUAAACACAUAUACUGUACUGUAAGUAGAAUAUUUCUGUUAAUGUAAUAGAAACUAAUAUAUCCCCCAGAUUAUUUUAUUAGUGAGAGAACUUGUGACUGCAAUAGAAUUUUUUUAGUAUUUAGGGCCUGGUAACAAAGGAAUCUACCAUUGUUUUGAUACCUAGCUGCAAAAUCUCUCUUUUCUUCCUAUGAAUUUGAUAUGUGCAUACACUGCACACUGUUUGAACUAGGAAUCUCGUAUAGUGGCGUCUUUCAACUGAAAUUUUUGUAAAUUUUUACUUGUGGACCAAGUUUUCGUGGGGUUUCACUGUUGAAUGGUUUUGUGAUUUUUAAAUUAUUUUUUUUUGCUAAACAUACUUUCCAAUGCUGACAAAACGGUACAGUUUACAUCCCCGUAUAGUGUGUGCUCACUUAGUAAUGCACUUUAAUAAUGGGAAUAUGAAUGUAUGAUAUGUUACUAGUAAUUUAGUAAUAAUAAGCAUAUGAUUAAUUAUGUAACAUUUUUUGUAUUGUUUCGUAGCGUUUGUUUAUUUCCUGCAUACAUGGAAUAUUAUAUGUGCUGCUAGCUCUAGUCUAACCAUAAACUUUCACACUGAAUCCAUGAGUGACAAUAUAAAAAUUUAAUCUUGUGAAAGGAAUGUCACACAAAAAUAGAUUAUUCUCAAUAAUUUAUGUUGUUCGUGCAUGCAUGAUUCACUGUUGGCCUCAACACAGGUCACCAGCAUACACACACAAAAAAUUAUUAUAGAUUGCAUAAACAGCAUAACCAAAUUCAUGUAUGUGUAAUAAGAUGUCUUACACUGUCAAGUGUAGUCUAUGUUUUUGAGCAGGCACUAGACUAGAGACACAUAGACAAGAAACAAAACUGUUUGAAUGAGGUCACAAACCUAGAAAGUCAAAAGUGUAAAGGUGCCGAUUUACUGGACAGAUCCGCAUUUCUGGUCAUCUGGAUUUUGCCUGAUUUCUUGAUACAAGAUGUGUGAGAGAUCGUGGUGAAAUCAGGCGCUCGUCAAAAUAAUGAAAGCAGAGAAAUUUGAAUUUUUCU